UCUCUCCAACGGUCAGAUUUCAGCAUUAUGCCCUUACAUGUUCUCAAAUCUUGACUAUACAACCUUAACCAGAAACUCCAAUCCUUCAUACAUCAUACCGCCUCCAUUCCACCCAUUUCUAUUACAUUAAAACCCUAAAUCUCUCUACUUCAAAAAAACCCCUAAAUUCUCUGUUUACACUACAUCUAUUUUCUAUCUCUUCAUCUUCAAUUUUUCGCGUUGAAGAACAAGUCAACGGAUUUCACUACUUUGAAGAGACGUGACCUUCAAUCUUUGUGCAAGAAGAACAAUAUUCCUGCUAAUCUCACCAAUGCUGCCAUGGCCGAUGCUCUCGCUUCUCUUUCUACUAAAGCGAACUUGAACAAAUCUCUGAAGAGGUUUCAGAAGAUGAGCAUUGCUGCAAUGGCUGAUGCUCUUAAGUCUCUGGAGAUCGUGAGUAGCUUUUGAAUCCUGACUUUGAAAACUUAGGGAAUGAUGUAGAUUAUUCCGAUAGAUUUGUUACCGAUAGAGAGUUUGAUUCUAUAGAUGAUUUACAUGCUUGGGCUGAUGAGAUAGCACUAACAAUUGGUUUUCAAUUUACACGUGCUUCAUAUAAACAAAAGGAAGGACGUUCUAGAGUGAGUUUGUACUUAAAAUGUCACCAGCUAAGGUAAUAUAAGGGGUGAUUUGCAUAACUUAGACAAUGCUGCCCGGCCUGGUUUCAAAAGUAGGGCUUGUGGUUGUAAAUUUAUGAUUAUAGAAAAUAGUUGUAAACCAUGGGAAAGACCUUGGACGGUUAGAGUGUUUUCUGUUGAAAAAAGAAGACAUAAUCACAUGUUCUUAAUGUACAGACUUGGAUUGUGAGGGGCAAUUGAGUAGAUUAUUGAUUGCGAAUCGAACAUCUAUCCAGAUGAUACGUUCGUGGCCCCAUUUUGUGUUGAUAGACACAACGUACAAAACGAAUAAGCAAAAGUUGUCCCUAUGCGAAAUCAUUGGAAUGAGGCCAACGAAUCAUAACUUCUUGGUUGCGUUCUGUUUGAUGUGAGAUGAGGCGUCUGUGUCUUAUUCUUGGGUGUUGGAGAGGUUGAGGGAUAUUUAUGGUAGAGUCCAGACGCCCGACGUAAUCGUAACGGAUCGAGAUAAGGGUUUGUCUGCAACUAUUAGUGUUGUCUUUCCAGGUGAACAUGUUUUUAUUAUUAAUUAUUGUCAUUCAGUGUAUAUAUGUCUCACUUAAUUUUAAAUUUAUGUUUAAUGUAGAUGUACGGCAUUUAUUAUGCGUAUGACAUAUAGGCAAUGACGUGGAGAACAUGAUCGAUAAAUUGUGCGGCGAGAAGAAAAAUCAAUAGGGGCAGAUAUUCAAGCAAACAACAUGGAAACCCUUAGUUAACAGUGUGACGAUCCCUGAAUUUGAAAACAAAUGGGAAGGGAUUGUGUCUUCUUGGUCGAUUAGGAACAGGAGGGUCGUGCGAUACUUGGCUAGAACAUGGAUUCCUCACAAGGAGAAAUUUGUGCGUGCGUGGACGAAUGAUUGUUUGCACUUGGGUAACCAGACUACCAGUAGAGUUGAAAGCCAACACUCUUCCUUCAAGUAAUACUUGGGUAGCGGUAAUAGCUCAUUUGAUACGCUAUUUAAAAGGGCACACGCACAAAUAACGAAUCAGAAGUUAAGGAUAAGGCAAGCUCUGGAGGAAUCUAGGAAUUUCAUUUCAAGGACGUCGCGACUUAAUUUCUCAAACCAUUGUAUCGUCAUGUUUUCAUAUUUGCUUUGGAACAAUUGAUGAUGGAGCACAAGCGGAUGUUAAACUUAGGUACUUGUCUUUUUGAAAAAUGCGGUUGUGUCAUUCAAAAAACCCACGGAUUACCAUGCGCGUGUUACUGUUACUUGUCAAUCAGGUCUAAUGGUGCUUUGAACUUAGACGAUAUACAUCCGUUUUGGAAAACGUUAAAGUACUUAGAGCCUGAAGAAGACGCCAACGAAGAAGUACGGCACGCAAACGCCGAUGAUAAGGAGUACUUUCAAUCGUUGGUGGAUGAAGUUUUAAAAGCCGACCCCUCAGUUGUACGACGCGUGUCACAUAAACAAGAACUACAGCCUGAUGGAGCAGAUAUACCUGAGCCACAAGCAAGUCCACUGAGGAAGGGAAGACCAAUGACAAGCAGAACCCUUAGGAGAAACAAAAGUGCGUUUGAGUACAGCUGCUCGUCCUCAAGUAGUCGCGGAUCCAAAUCUUCAUCACGCGGGAGAUCUACUGGUAGAUCUAGUAGCGGGUCGCACCAAUCGUUAGCUGGAAUUAACUUUAGUUUCAACUUAUCAGAUGGUUCAGCAGGACGUGAUUUUCACUUUUUCUGUGGCCAGAUAACAUUUCGUUUAUUCUUCCGCCAUAUCUGUUUGACUGGAUUGAUGUCAUCGGUGACGGUAAUUGUGGUUUUAUAGCCAUUGCCCCCACAGAGUUAGCCUUUUUUACGACGUGCAAUGAGUUUGGAAAUGGAAACGCAUAGCAAUUGUGUAUUAUGGCUCUGCUGAUGGUCAUUCAAUGUAUAACUGUUUAGUGCUUCCGUUAAGGAGAACAGGGGGAAUGCGUGGCGUAAACAAACUUAUACAUAUUCUUUAGGUUAAUAGGAAUCAUUAUGUUCAACUUUUAAUGAACGAUGAUUCAUCUCCACUGCCGCCAGUCCAACAAAAUUGGAGAGCAGCAGCUAACAAUUCAUGUAAAGACUUAGAGAUACAGUAUCGCAACAGGAUACUUCUUAGUGUUCAGCUUUGGAAUAGACUGUGCGGCAUACAACGACAACAAAAUAACACCGCCGAAGAUGCGGUCAAUUUAGAUACUCCUUAGUGUUUAUUGCACUGAUUAUACUUGUUGUUAUCAUUUUAUUAAGGGAUAUUAUCAAUGGUACCUCUGUAUUAUAGCAAAAUAUCAAUGGUACCCACGUUAAUUCCAAUAGUACCCCCCAACUAUGUGCUAAUUACAACCGUCUUCUUCUUCCCUUUUCUCACUCUUCUUCCUGCUCUCCUUCCAUGGCUGCUUCAUUUCAAGCCUGACAAUGAUCAACCCGAAUAUGCAGAAAGUACCAGUUGUUUCCUCCACUCCUUCCUAAGUCUUCCUUCUUAAUGCCCCUUCUUAAUAUAUACUCUUGUCUUCUUCCUUACUCCAAUCUUUUACCACUUUCUUCUUUCUCUAUCUUCCUCUGUUUUUUCCUUAAAUCAAGCUUUGAGCUUUCUCAUUAAUGGCUGACUAUGAAACCCUAACCCACUGAAACCCACUAGUAAAACUGUAAAUUUAGCUUAAUGAAACUUUAGCCACAUAAACUUGACCUCUCUCUAAAGUCCAUUUUUGGGUCUCUCCUUGAUUUGUCAAAGAUUUCUUCUUGUUCUUCAUUAUCAAGUUUGAAUAUUUCCUUCAAUUUAUUGGAUUCUUCUAAGGAUUUGAAAGGGGCUCAUUUUGGGCUUUUUCUCAAAACUUUGAAUGUUUCUUUAAAUCAUUUAUCUGGGCAACAAGUUCUUCCAUGGGUGUUCUCUCAAGGUUGCGAGAAGUUAACCCACUUAGCUUUAAAGGGAAUAAGUUACAAAGAAUUUCUAACAUGUAAAAUAUGGAUUUGAAAAUUGAAACAGUAAUUUCUUGAAAUAGACUCCUUUUUUAUUUGUGAACUCUUAAGUUGGUGUAACUUGGUGCAAGAUUUCUUAAUGUUUGAUACUUGCUACAGAGGUCAUUUCCUAGUAGCCACCGUUUUUAAGCUUAGAGUUAUUUCCUAGUUUUUGAAUAACACAAUUAUUUCCAAAUACGUGUGACAUUAUGAUUUCACGGUAGCCAUAGCAAUUUGAGAUAACAUUCUUAAAUUGAGUGGUAAAUUGAGUGGAGUUAUACCAUUUUGGAUUGGUAAAUUGAGUAAUCUUGCCAUUCUCAUUGUUGGGCUUGAGAUGAAGCAGCCAUGGAAGGAGAGCAGGAAGAGGUGUGGGAAAAGGGAAGAAGAAGAAACUAACCAUGAUUAGGUCACAUUCGAGAUUUAACGGGCAUUUAUGGAAAAAAGUAAAAUAGUGUCACGGUUGUAAUUAGCAUAUAGUUGGGAGGUACCAUUGGAAUUAACGUGGGUACCAUUGAUAUUUUGCUAUAAUACAGAGGUACCAUUGA